GGUGUUUCCAAAGAGGACGUUGAGGACUUCUGGCUCAGCGAGCGCCCGAAGCUGUUUAACCCGCCUGAGAUCAUCAAGAUCCUCAAGUAUGAGCAAGCUCAUGCUCAUGAGGUCGUCUCCAACGCUCUUGUCGAUUCUGGUUUCAUCGUCGCGUCAUUCGAUGGGAUGACUACUUCCGAAACCCUCAUGGAGGUCUUCACGAGCGAGGAGUACCGCAAGACUGUCGGGGCCGAGUCCAUGAAGAACUUCGAACGU